CAUUAGCAUUUUUGGCACUGAAGCAAUUUACAUUUUUAUAGCAUAAUUAAUGAACAAGAAAGUCAUUUACAUUUUUCCUCUGUUCGCUGCCACGCCGUGUGGAGAAUAUUUUAUUUCCGGGGCCAGUAUUUGGGAAUUUGGACAGCGCGCGCGCGAAGGAAAGCGCCCGGCGGGGUGAGGGGGUGAAUAACCGGCUCUGCUUCAAAACCCGGCGCAGGGCAGACGUCCCUCUUUCAGGUGCAAAUGCGUGCGACGUGUGCGGCUCUUCGGCCGGCUCUCACAUCAAACGCAGGGCGGUAUUCGAGCGCUAAUUAAGCCAUUUAAACAGCCACGUGUUCCUCAGGAGAGCGACCGGCUUUUACAUUUAUCGUAGGUGCGAUGUUCUCAGAAACGCAUGAUUCAAAUCAUCUCAAUUCUUCGUAAAGAAGCUGCCUGGGAAUGAAAUCCGACGAAAACGAGCGUCUCAACAGUGAACGGGUGCCGUCGGAAUGAGAGCGAUAAACAUAAGCAUAAUCUGAGCGCAGUCUAUUCAUUGUGACUAGCGUGAUCUGUGCAUAUCUCUCUACUGAUUCAGAAGAGACAACCUCUUCACAGGGCUAUCAUAGACUGCUAUUAGUAUUUUGGAGAGAUUAUGAAAUUCAUCUCGUUGACGGGUUGGUUUCUCACAGACGCGCAGCUGUCGUCUUCUCCAGAUGUUUUUAUCGACGGCACCCAUUCGCUGGCUGAGAACGCGAUGGAACGCUACACCUCUACGGACACGAACGCAUCUCAAUCUUAAAUGGUCUGAGCGCGCGUUCAUCACACGGAACCGUUCCUUUAAUCACAUCCUGAGAACCUCGCAGGGCUCAUUUUUACACCUGCGGCGUGACAGGUUCAUAAAUGUAUUAAUAUUCGGUUAGACGUUCCCUCAGGACAUAUAUAGGCGAGUCUGCCUAAAGCAAGUGUCACGCCCGAGACAUGAUUUUGUUCUGAAAAAUAACUAGGUGUUUAAUUGCGAUCAAAUACGACGCAACUAACAUGGCAUUUUGUUUUCGCGCGUCACGAAAACCAUAAAAGUGCACAAUGCAGAGGGAAACCCUGAAUGCGCAUAAUUGCAGAAUUCAUUAAUACCUGCUUAAAACGCCGUAAAAUACAAAAAAAAAAAACAAAACAAAGAAAGUUGUGCUUUAAACUUUUUUGCUGUCUCAGACAAUACCUUAAAGUCACUAAAAACCAUUAAACGUUUCUGGCAUGUAGCAUAUGACGUCACACCAUAUGUAAAAAGUACACGCAAAUAAUACAGUAAAACAAACCAUGGACAGACACGCGUGUAGAAGAGAUAUUAUUACGCAGGAAAUAUUUAAUAAGUACUUUCGACUCCAGAGCUUCCGCGUUUGACAACUUGCCCCAGUCUCUCCGACGCGAUGCAUAAAACUCAUCAUCCGCGUGUGACAGUAUCACACCGUCACAUGAAGCCUCCUACCCUUCUCGUCUCGUCGCGUCGUCUCUAACAGCUGAAGCGGAGAGGUGAAGGAGCAGGAGUCUGUGGCUCGGUCGCUCGCCUCGCUCCCCGCGCGCGCAGAGGCAGCGGAAGCACAGCACUCGCGCGCAACCGAUGGAGCGGGCGGACGACGGACUGCUCGGCAGCGGCGGAAUCACGAGCGAGAGCGAGCGCGCCAUGAGCCCGGGGGAACCGCGCGCUCUGCCAUGCUGAGCAUCUCCCUCGCGCUCCUGCUGGCUCUGACCGCUCCCGUCCGCCGCGCCCGCAGCUGGAGCGACGAGGACCUCCUGCUGCCGCCCGUCAACUCCUCCGGGAGACUCCUGGCCAGCCUGGAGGUGGACGUGGGCUACUCCAAGAGGUCGGUGGAGGAGCCCGAAGCCUCUUCGCAGUGCAACGUGAGCGUGGAGAGGCUCCCCACCAAACUCGUGGCGCGCUGGGACGGCAACUUCGGCUUCCAGUGCGACGUGCUCAUGUACACCACCAACAACCACGGCAAGGCGUUCUUCUCGGCCGCCUUCAACCGGGCGAUCUCGCCGGUGUACAUCGAGCACCUGGGCGUCACGGGCGGCCAGCAGGAGUUCAGGCUGUGCGUCGGGUGCGGUCUGUCCCGGUACCGGAGAUUCAGGCGCGGCCGGUCGGAGGGUCAGCAGACGGGCGACUCGGUGCACUUCUGCUGCGUGGACUUCGCUUUGGACGAGCUGAAGGGCGACCGGAGCUGGAGGCUCAACCGCAAGCCCAUCGAGUCCACUCUGGUGGCGUGCUUCAUGACUUUAGUCAUCAUUAUAUGGAGCGUCGCUGCCCUCAUAUGGCCGGUUCCCAUUAUCGCGGGAUUUCUGCCCAACGGAAUGGAGCAGAGGCGGCAGAGGUAAUAGAGCGGCGCGGGACUGAGGGCGAACCGGCACCUGUAGGCUACGGUGUAGGGUCCUGAACUAGUCGACUUGGCAGACAUCCCAUGCUUAGUGGCAUACGUGUCAUACGCAUUCGCUUAAUCGUGCUUGAAGCCGCCUUUAUAGCCGCGUCUCCCGGAGGCGCUUUACUAGAUCCCGUUCGGUUUUUAUAAACUGACUGUAAUUAGAAAUGCAUUACGUGUGAUGUCAUUUCAAAUGUUUGUAAUGUUUUUAUCUUUUACGAUUUCUAGUGUUUAUUUAAAAAAAAAAAACAAUAAUAAUAAUAAUGCUACGGAGUAUGUCUCGGGACAAAAAGCUGUUCUGGGACGCGCGCGCGAAGGCGAGUCGGGUGGAACGUUUCUACGAAAAAAACUCCUAUAUUCCAGUGGGUUUCUCAUGUCUGAGCACGGAUCUCUCGUGUUUGUAUCUGUUUGUAUAAAUACUAGCCUAAUAAAGCGUGAUUAGCAUCACUUUCGUGUGAAAUAUAUAUAUAUAUAUAUAUAUAUAUAUAUAUAUAUAUAUAUAUAUAUAUAUAUAUAUAUAUAUAUAUAUAUAUAUCUGACAGGCGAUCCGUUUGUACAAAGCGAAAAAAUUUGUAUGAGGUUUAUACUUUAUAGAUCUGUCGUAACUGUUAUUUGUAGUAUCAAUAAAUGCGUAAAACUUA